AAGCGCUGCCAGCGGAAGCUGCCAGCAUACUGCAAGGGUCCCGAAACAUACCUGCCUUCGUGCAUUGCCAAUCUUGAAGAAAACCCAGUAGUUCUAGUGCAACAGGAUUCACGCCUGCUGCCAUCUAUUUUCACUGACCGGAGACUACUCCUGGGCUUAUCGGCUUCAUCGAGGGGGUGGCAUUCCUGUGUGUGCCGCAUUGACUUGAGCAGCAACUUCGGCGGCGUACAGACACGUCAUAACCAACUUGAUCUACCUUUCGCAGGCAACAAGCCAACACCAAAGGAUCCCAACUGACACGAAAUUCUCACGUGAAUACUUCUGACAUGGCUGUCGUCGACGUACGCCGCCCCAAUGGCCCACUGUACCAGGACAUGGACGGCGUAAUACGCCUCAGCCGAAACUUCACUGUCGAAAUGCUGCGCUCCGCGCUCAGCUAUAAGCCGCAGCCAGACGACAAGUUCGUCGUCACGUAUCCAAAGUGCGGGACAACCUGGACACAACACAUUGGCUUCUUGAUCUUCAACAAAGGCGUCCCUCCUUCCAGUGGCCUGGAGUUUUUCAACAGAAGCCCCUUUAUCGAGAUGCUCGGCGCCGACAGUGUGCGGGACAUGACACGUCCCGGAGUGAUCAAGACGCACCUUCCUUACCACCUCAUGCCCAUGCACCCACAGGCCAAGUACCUCUACGUGUGCCGCAAUCCUAAGGACGCUUGUGUUUCCUUUUUCCACCACACACGGGGUUUCAGUGGAUACGACUUCGCGGACGGAAAGUUCGACGACUUCUUCGAGAUCUUUCUGUCUGGCGAGACCGAGUUCGGGGACUAUUUUGACCACGUCCUAGGUUGGUACGAGCAUCGCAAUGACCCGAACGUCCUCUUCCUGCACUACGAAGACAUGAAGGCCCAGCCACGAGAGAGCGUGCUCAAGAUUGCCGAGUUCUUCGACCAAAGCUAUCACAAGUUGCUGCUGGAAAACGAGGAUGUCCUCCAGAACGUGAUCACAUACAGCGACGUAAAAUCCAUGAAGGACUACGCCUUACAGAACUUCACCAACUUCUUCACAAAGCAAAUAGAUGGAGAAGCGCCCGAGGGUCUCAGGACCUUCCACGAGGCAUCGCAGAAGAAUCCUUCUACUGCUAGUUUUAUCCGCAAAGGCAUCGUCGGAGACUGGAAAAAUCAUUUCUCCCCAGAACAAAACGACAGACUGGAGAAAGUGAUUCUGGAGCGACUAUCGAACACGGACUUGGUGGACACGUGGCGAAAGCAUGGUGUCAUGUAGACGUUCUGUGGCAAAAACAAAAUCCGUCAGCUCACAAUAAUUAUGAGUGCAUUAUCAAGUUGCAGAAUUCCCACUCUAAGUAACGUCCAUGUUUGAACUUUCAUCAUCUCGUAAAACUAGGCCAGACGUCUUGCAAGGACACAUUUUCUUUGAGCUCGUAACUACAGGGCAGCUCAAAAGCAGCUUCUUAUAAUCUUCCAGCAGACGUGCUUAGGCGAUUUCGCUCGAAAACAUCGAUUAAAAAUGGAGCUUGAAUUGGCAGCUGAA